AUGGGAUCCAAGCUUCACUUUCAGAGCAUCAAACACGGUCCUCCGCUCCCCCACCACGACGAUAUCAGGGCGUACAAGCGGGAGUAUGCAGCAGCUCUAGACGAGAAAGACCCCCUCAGAAGGUUUCGUGCCGAAUUUAUCAUUCCGUCAAAGAAGGAUCUGCUGAGGAAGAACCUGUCCGAGUCAGAAGGAGAUGAUCAAUCGGAUCCACGCUGUAUAUAUCUCUGUGGAAACUCUCUGGGCCUUCAGCCGCGAAACAUCCGCAAAUACAUUGAUCAAUAUCUGCGAUCGUGGGCUAUCAAGGGAGUAACAGGCCAUUUCGUCUCGCAUGAAGAUGCUCUUCUCCCUCCGUAUCUACACGUGGACGAUGCAGGCUCUAAGCUUCUUGCUCCAAUCGUAGGAGCCUCGCCGAGUGAAGUCGCGCUCAUGGGGACCCUGACAGGUAACUUGCAUAUAUUGAUGAGCAGUUUUUACCGGCCAACUACCGAACGAUAUAAAAUUAUUCUUGAAGGCAAGGCAUUUCCCAGUGACCAUUAUGCCGUUGAAUCCCAAAUUCGGCUGCAUAACCUAAACCCGGCCACCGCUAUGGUCCUCAUUGAGCCCGAGGAUACCGAAAGGCCUAUUCUAAGCACCGAACAGAUUCUAAAAGUUAUUGACGACAAUGCAUCGGACACAGCUCUGGUGCUUCUACCAGGCAUUCAAUACUACACAGGACAGUACUUCGACAUCCCCCAGAUCACGGCCCAUGCUCACUCAAAGGGGAUCCUCAUCGGAUGGGACUGUGCACAUGCAGUUGGAAACGUUGAAUUGAAACUCCAUGAUUGGGAAGUCGAUUUUGCGGCAUGGUGCCAUUACAAAUACGUCAAUAGCGGGCCGGGGGCUAUGGCAGGCCUGUUUGUGCACGAAAAGCAUGGCAAGGUCAACGGCAGCUCGACCAACGGUGAAGAUGAUGCUUACCGUCCCCGUUUGGCAGGCUGGUGGGGUCAUGAUAAAGCAACUCGCUUCCAAAUGGACAAUAACUUCGUCCCCCAAGAAGGAGCAGCAGGCUACCAAAUCUCCAACCCGUCCGUCCUCGACCUCAGCGCCGUCGCCUCCUCGCUCGAAAUCUUCAACCAAGCCAGCAUGCCAGCCCUCCGGCAAAAAUCACUCCAACUCACAGGCUACCUCGAACACCUCCUCCUCAAAUACCCCCUCGACAACCACGCGGACGACAGAAACAAAAAGCUAUCAUUCUCAAUAAUCACGCCCGCAAACCCAGCCGAGCGCGGCGCCCAGCUCAGCAUCCUCCUGCAACCGGGUCUGCUGGAUAAAGUGCUCGAAAUCCUGGAGGAGAAUGGCGUGGUGAUUGAUGAGCGGAAGCCGAAUGUAGUGCGUGUUGCGCCGGCGCCGUUGUAUAAUACUUUUACCGACGUGUGGGAGUUUCAUCGCGUUUUUGUGAUGGCUUGUCGUGAGGCUGUUGCCGCGAGGGAUGGAUAA